AUGGACCCUCCGCCACGGCCAUCGAGCGCCCUGUUCGACGUCUAUCUUCGACUACGCCCUUCCACCUCCGCAAACCCGCAUUUUCUCACAGUCGAAGAGCGAGAUGGCAGCCACCCCACACAUAUCACAGUCAGGCCGCUGGUACAUGACAACCGGAAACGCGCAGUCGAGCGAUUUGCCUUUACGCAGGUUUUCGAAGAAGACGCACGCCAAAUGGAUAUCUUCAAGGGCUCGGGCAUUGUUCCUAUGAUUAAGGGAGUGCUGGGCGCACCUGGCUAUCAUGGGCGAGAUGGUUUACUAGCGACUUUGGGUGUUACGGGGUCUGGGAAGAGCCACACCAUCCUUGGAACCAAGUCACAGCGUGGUCUUGUCCAGAUGACGCUCGAUGCACUGUUCCAGAGCUGUGAAGAACAGCUUGUGCAAUCGUUCUACGGCGCUCCAGCCUUCUCAUCUCUAGCAGCUGCAGACGUGUCUGAAGCCAACAUGUUCACUGCUUCUGCGUAUCUGGAUUCUAUGUAUGGAGAUAAUCAAUCCGAGAAAUUCCCGUCGAGAGCAAACACGCCAGCACCUGACUGUAGCUACGUCUCACAAGGCGCGUCUCGAUCGAACAAGAUUCCUCGGCCCUCGACCUUACCACAGGCCCCGUCCGUCGCCGGUAUCGAGAUUCCCGCAGACCCCACAGCCGAGUAUGCGAUUGUCAUCUCAAUGUACGAGGUCUACAACGACCGAAUCUUUGAUCUUCUGACUGGCAGUGUCAUGAAGAGCAAGAAUCCCAACGUCAAGCGCCGAGCCCUGCUGUUCAAGAGCACAGAGCAAAGUCCCGAGCGCAAAAUCGUCGCGGGUCUGACGAAGAUUAUAUGUGGCAGCUUCGAAGAGGCUAUGAUGAUACUUGAGACCGGACUCAUGGAGCGCAAGGUCGCAGGAACCGGAAGUAAUGCUGUCAGCUCUCGUAGCCAUGGCUUCUUCUGCGUCGAAGUCAAGAAGCGUGACGCACAGUACAAGGGUCCAUGGUCGAGUAGUGCACUGAGCAUCGUCGAUCUUGCUGGGUCUGAGCGUGCGCGUAACGCAAAGACAGCAGGUUCUACCUUGGCUGAGGCUGGCAAGAUCAACGAGUCACUUAUGUAUCUUGGGCAAUGCAUGCAGAUGCAGGCUGACCACCAGGAAGGUUCAAAGAACGUUGUUCCAUUUCGUCAGUGCAAGCUGACCGAGCUUCUCUUCUCCAAUUCUUUCCCAUCCAACUCUCGGUCCACGCAACACAUUCAACCUCAGAAAUCCAUCAUGAUCGUCACAGCCGACGCGCAAGGCGACUACAACGCGACCUCCCAGAUCUUGCGCUACUCCGCCCUUGCCCGCGAAGUUACCGUUCCACGUACGCCCUCAUACACAGCCACCCUCUCCACAGGCCAUCGUCCAGGAACCGCGUGCUCGGGGCGCAGCACCCCGUCUGCCCUACUCGACGAGCUUGAGUCAUCUGCCGCCGAAAUUGCCCGUCUCCAACAAGAACUCUCUAUCUUCGCGCUCCGCCUGUCCGAAGAAACCGCCCGCCGCAAAGCCGCAGAGCAGUCCUGGGCCGCCGCAGAAGACCACAUGGCGAGCCUCGAGCAAGAAAUCCGCGACGAGUGCUACCUCGAGAUGGAGAACGCCGUCGACCAGGAGCGUCGCAGGUGGCAAGCGACGCUCGAUAACGAGCAGGAUAACCAGCAGGCGCACCUCGAUUCGAAGAUCGACGUGGUCAUCAAGGCCACCAAGGCGCAGAUGCGUCUUGAGGAGCCGGUGAAGGUGUACGAGGACCCGGAUCCGGAGGUCAUCGAGCGCAAUGAGGAGUUAGAGCGCGAGAAUGAGGCGUUGCGGACGAAGAUUGAGCUGCUCGAGAGAGAGGCCAUGGGAAGGAGUGCGAGUCCGAUCAAGAAGAUCAGGAUUUUGAAGACCAAGCGGUGGGAAGAUCCCGAGAGCAGGUUCUUCGGACGCGAUGAUUGA